CUGGGGGUUCCGGAUUACGGGAGGAAGAGACUUCCGAAAACCCAUCAUCGUAUCUAAGGUGAUAGAGCAUGGAAAAGCAGCCCUAGGUGACCUUCGACCUGGAGAUGUCAUCAUUUCCAUCAAUGGGGAGAAUACCUCUGAGAUGCUCAACGUGGAGGCACAGAACAAGAUAAAGCAGAGCUCUGGGAAGCUGCAAUUGCAAGUGGACAGUGGUAAUAAUUCAGUGAGAUCUUCCUACUCAAGCCCAGCUUCCAUCAGCCCACGUGCCACCAGCCCCUACAGUCCUUCAUCUCCUGGGUAUCGACCUGGCAGCCCAUACAGCCCAGUGAGACCCAGUCUGCCCACAGAGAUCAGAGGGGAGCCUAUGAUAAACAGCCGCAGCUUCCAGUCAAUGGGGACUUCACCUCAGAGUCAGCAAGAGUCAAGCAACAGACAG